UAAAAGAGGAGAAGCACUGUGUCUCAUAAUUAUUCCCAUGGUUUUUCAUUUUCAUGAAUUUGUUUAAAUUGUGUCCGAAAACAAGAGAGACCAGUCAUCAGUACUGAGAUUGAAUCGAGGUUGAAGUGUGCGUUGUGUUGUUGUGUUGUGGCACAGAAACCGAAGCAAACUCAGAAAAACAGAGAGAGUGAGAGAGAGUUCUGAUGUGAAAUUGGAGAAAGGGAACACAAAGCAAUCCAUCCAUGGUGGUUCCUUUGGUUGAUCAGAGGAGCAAUUGAAUUUUGGUGACUACUCGAUUUCUCAUUUGUUGUUGUUAUCAUUCUGACUUGGUCAGAUUCAAGUAAACGCUCUUUCUUCUUCGCACUGGAAACCCUAGGUUGGAAUUCCCAAUGGCAUACUGGUCCUGUUUUAUGUUGGCAAUUGGUGAUGUAUUUAAGCACCCAACAGAACUGACAUGUGAUUGAACUGCCAAAGAUAUUGGAGAUUGACGUGAUUCCCUCUUCUCCUUCCUAUCCGCGUGCAGUGCUAAAUGGAUUCCUCUGGUUCUUAUCUCGUGCUGUUUUAGUUGUGUAAUAUGUUAUAGUGUCUGUUUAAUUUGUUACACCUUGCUGAAUAAAAAGUAGGCAGACAUCUCAAAAUUCAAGAUUGGCAAUACUAAUUAAAAUUGAAUUAGAGCGAUUAUCAGUUACUUACAGCAUUAUCAGUGUUGAAAGGAGCAUUUUGGUUGUGGAUAAAAGAGCAUCCCUGUAAAGUUGUUGGAUGCACUUUCUAGUUUGGUUUGAGAAAACGGCAAAUGCUACCAACCUGGAAGUAUUAUAACAUUGAUUUCACCACUUCAGUAUGUGACCAAAUUUUUUCGGGUGGUGCAUUUAAUAAUAAACAUAUUGAUGUUAUGUUAUAAGAAGAAAAAUGGAGCAUGUUUUGGAAAAAAGAUUCCCUCUUAAUGCAGAAGAUUACAAGUUAUAUGAAGAAGUUGGUGAAGGCGUUAGUGCCUCUGUAUACAGGGCUCUUUGUGUUCCUCUCAACGAGAUAGUUGCAAUCAAGGUUCUCGAUCUAGAGAAGUGCAAUAAUGAUUUGGAUGGCAUUCGAAGAGAGGUACAGACCAUGAGCUUGAUUGAUCAUCCAAAUGUUUUACAGGCACAUUGCUCUUUUACUACUGGACACAAUCUAUGGGUUGUAAUGCCAUACAUGGCUGGGGGUUCUUGCCUCCAUAUAAUGAAAUCUGCCUAUCCGGAAGGUUUUGAAGAGCCUGUUAUUGCUACUUUAUUGCAUGAAGUUCUCAAAGCUCUUGUUUAUCUUCAUGCCCAUGGUCACAUACAUAGAGAUGUUAAGGCGGGAAAUAUUCUGCUUGAUUCUAAUGGUGCUGUCAAACUAGCUGACUUUGGAGUGUCAGCAUGUAUGUUUGAUACUGGAGACAGGCAACGUUCAAGAAACACUUUUGUUGGAACACCUUGCUGGAUGGCUCCUGAAGUCAUGCAGCAAUUACAUGGAUAUGAUUUUAAAGCAGAUAUAUGGUCAUUUGGUAUAACAGCACUUGAACUUGCUCAUGGUCAUGCCCCAUUUUCCAAGUAUCCACCUAUGAAAGUUUUGCUUAUGACUUUACAAAAUGCCCCUCCAGGUCUUGAUUAUGAAAGAGACAAGAGAUUUUCAAAGGCUUUCAAGGAGUUGGUUGCCACCUGCUUAGUAAAAGACCCAAAAAAGCGUCCAAGUUCAGAAAAGCUUUUAAAGCACCACUUUUUCAAACAUGCACGCGCUAGCAAAUAUCUUGCUCGCACCAUUCUAGAAGGGCUGGCUCCUUUAGGAGAUCGUUUUAGAUCGCUGAAGGCUAAAGAGGCAGAUUUAUUGGUGCAGAACAAGGCUCUUUAUGAGGAUAAGGAUCAGUUAUCUCAGAAAGAAUAUAUUCGAGGAAUUAGUGCCUGGAAUUUUAACCUGGAAGAUUUAAAAAGUCAAGCUGCUCUUAUUCAAGAUGAUGACAUACCUAAUGUAGAUGAGCCACAAAAGGAUAAGAAGGAAAAAGUCAGAUCGGAUGACUUCAGGGAUUCUGCAGAGACGUUAUCAUCUGUAACAGCUAAUCAUUCAGAUGAUGCACCCAUUCAGAACAAGGAGGAUGGAUUUAAUAAUCUUCAGGAUUUGGAGGGUUCGCUUGCUUCAUUUCCUAGUAAACCUCUUCAAGCACUUAAAGGAUGUUUUGAUAUGUGUGAGGAUGACGUUAAUAACAACAGUCCAAGAGAUCUGGAUCAGGAUUAUGCAAAUGAAAGUUCUGGGCCAAGUUCUUCAUUACAACAAAACGCCAACAAUCAGCAAAAAAAGUUUCCGAGUGGUUCUUUGCUACCUGAUAAUUUUCUUUUUCCCAAAAAGGUUGUUACUGAUGGGGACAGGGAUUACCUACAAACAAAGUAUUCUUCGGAGAGGAAUCACAGUGGACCAUUGCAAUAUCGACAAAAGAGAGAUACCAACAACCUUCCAUUGGUUGAUGACCCAUCAGAUGGAGCGUUUGUCCAGCGUAGGGGGCGGUUUAAGGUCACAUCGGCUGAUCUCAAUCCAAUGGGUCCUUCAAACAAUGCUUCUGGCCCAGUUGUCAGUCCUACCAGUCCACCAAAUCAAAAUUUCAUGGCUGGUGCCAUUCUUCCAUCGCUUCAGUGCAUCUUGCAACAGAAUGGUUUGCAAAGGGAAGAGAUUAUAAAAUUAAUAAAGUAUGCAGAGCAGUCUUCUGGUAAAAAUGCAGAACCAGUGGAGGCAGGGGCAGUUGAUAGUUUGCAGGUACCUGCAACAAACAGGGAGAAGGAGCUGCAUUUUCAGGUGGUUCAACUCCAACAGAGCAUUGGAAGCCUUGUUGAGGAAUUACAAAGACAAAAGAUGAAAAAUGUUCAGUUAGAGAAACAGUUGAGCAGUAUGAUUAACAAAAUGGAGAAGUGAAGAAGUCUAUGGACGUUAUGAUGGUUUAACUGAUAUUUAGACAACACCUGACGUUCAUUGAUAACAACAUUCAAAGAUGAUUUGCAAGGUGCUUGAGGGAUGGAAGAACGUCUCAAUUGUAUUACCAUGUGUGGUGUGAACUUUUGUUUGCGGCAGACACUAAUUUUGAGAUGCUAUUCCUUGAGUCGCCUGUAAAAUGUAAUUUAUUGAGAUUGGGAUGAUGAUAUCAUGUAAUUUAAACUUCUCAUUUUCUCUUAUUCUACCUAAAAUUUACUCAUCAGAGUUCCCAUGAAUGCAUAUAACUACAUAGCUCAGCAGUGAUGUAGCAAUCUCUGCCUUGUGUUUCAAUAAGUUCAUAUAUCACCUGACAACCAAACACAUACACAGAAUGCUGGCUGAAAUGGCUAGUGUUCAAGUGUAAAAUUCCAAUGGUUGAUGGAAAUUCAAAUUUUUAUUUAUAUUACUGACAAUAAAUUCUCCCAGUGGAUUGUAUUUUUUCAUAUAAACUGCAGUUGAAAUUUAUGUGUAUAAAGAGAUAUUUGUUACUUA